GUCGCUUACAGAGCGGGGGGGCGCGGGGCCUGGAGCCCGGCGGAGGCACAAUGCGGGCGGUACUUUGAAUGUGCGCUGUGGCCCUGUUUGUGUGUGUGUUGUUUUUUUUUUUUUUUUAAACGCUCUCCUUGUUUUUCUCCCUUCCCAUCGGUGCCGUUUGGCCAUUUUUAAUUACACACUUGGUGAUUGUUAGAGAAGAAUCCUGCUUUUUUUUUUUUUCUUUCUUUCUUUGCCCCUUCUCCCCCAACCUGAGAAAUACUUGCUGGUGUUUUGGUUCGUUUGGUUGUGUUUUUCUUUUUUUCCCCUUUGUUUUUCGUUUGUUUGUUUUGUUCCGUGUUUAAUAACUUUGCUCAGAGCAGAGAUUUCCUUACACAGAUCAUGAGUAAGGAAUUUCCUUUACGAAGAGUGAGGGCGAAGGGUGGCAUUUACCACCCCCUAUUUUAAUGCUGCUUGAAGCAAUCAGGUGUUGGUGGAAUGAGCGUUGCGUGUGUGUUGAAGAGAAAAGCAGUGCUCUGGCAGGACUCGUUCAGCCCCCACCUGAAACAGCACGCUCAAGAUACAGCUAAUCCCAACAUGCCUGUUGUAUUGACAUCUGGAACAGGGUCCCAGGCUCAGCCACAGCCAGCUGCAAACCAGGCUCUUGCAGCAGGGACACACUCCAGUCCUGUUCCUGGAUCCAUAGGAGUUGCAGGCCGCUCCCAGGACGACGCCAUGGUGGAUUACUUCUUUCAGAGGCAGCAUGGUGAGCAGCUUGGGGGAGGAGGAAGUGGUGGAGGCGGCUAUAAUAACAGCAAACAUCGCUGGCCUACUGGGGAUAACAUUCAUGCAGAACAUCAGGUGCGUUCUAUGGAUGAGCUGAACCAUGAUUUUCAAGCGCUUGCUCUGGAAGGACGGGCUAUGGGAGAGCAGCUGUUGCCGGGUAAAAAGUUUUGGGAAUCUGAUGAUUCCAGCAAAGAUGGACCAAAAGGGAUAUUUCUGGGAGAUCAGUGGAGAGACAGUGCUUGGGGAACAUCAGAUCACUCUGUUUCCCAACCAAUUAUGGUUCAGAGAAGACCUGGUCAGGGCUUUCAUGUGAAUAGUGAAGUCAACUCAGUGCUUUCACCACGGUCAGAGAGUGGAGGACUUGGAGUUAGCAUGGUGGAAUAUGUGUUGAGCUCAUCUCCCGGAGAUUCCUGCCUAAGGAAAGGAGGAUUUGGGCCAAGGGAUGCAGAGAAUGAUGAGAAUGACAAAGGGGAUAAGAAAAAUAAGGGCACAUUUGAUGGCGAUAAAUUAGGAGAUCUGAAAGAGGAGGGAGAUGUGAUGGAUAAAACAAAUGGUUUGCCUGUGCAGAAUGGAAUCGACACAGAUGUCAAAGACUUCAGCCGUACACCUGGUAAUUGCCAGAACUCUGCUAGUGAAGUAGAUCUUCUGGGUCCAAACCAGAACGGAUCUGAGGGCUUAGCCCAGCUGGCGAGUACUAAUGGUGCCAAGCCCGUGGAGGAUUUUUCCAACAUAGAGUCACAGAGCGUUCCCCUGGAUCCCAUGGAGCACGUUGGCAUGGAGCCUCUGCAGUUUGAUUAUUCUGGCACCCAGGUACCUGUGGACUCAGCUGCAGCCACCGUGGGGCUCUUUGAUUACAAUUCCCAACAGCAGUUGUUCCAAAGACCGAAUGCACUUGCUGUUCAGCAGCUAACAGCAGCCCAGCAGCAGCAGUAUGCAUUGGCAGCUGCCCAUCAGCCUCAUAUAGGUAUGUUUUCAGCAGGUUUAGCUCCUGCUGCCUUUGUCCCCAAUCCGUACAUCAUCAGCGCUGCUCCACCAGGAACGGAUCCGUACGCAGCCGGGCUCGCCGCAGCUGCCACAUUAGGCCCUGCAGUUGUCCCUCACCAGUACUACGGAGUUACACCCUGGGGAGUUUAUCCUGCCAGCCUCUUCCAGCAGCAAGCUGCAGCAGCUGCUGCUGCCACUAACUCAGCAAGUCAGCAGACCACUCAGCAAACCCAGCAGGGCCAGCAACAGGUUCUACGUGGAGGAGCCAGUCAGCGUCCUUUGACCCCAAACCAGAACCAGCAGGGACAGCAGACUGAUCCUCUGGUGGCUGCUGCCGCCGUCAACUCUGCCCUUGCCUUUGGACAAGGGCUGGCAGCAGGAAUGCCAGGAUACCCUGUGCUGGCUCCUGCUGCUUACUAUGACCAAACUGGUGCUCUCGUGGUGAAUGCGGGGGCAAGGAAUGGCCUGGGGGCACCCGUGCGCCUGGUGGCCCCUGCACCAGUCAUCAUCAGCUCCUCUGCAGCACAAGCAGCAGUAGCAGCAGCAGCAGCUUCAGCCAACGGUGCUGCUGGGGGCCUGGCAGGAACCACCAACGGCCCCUUCCGCCCCCUGGGAACACAGCAGCCCCAGCCUCAGCCGCAGCAGCAGCCCACCAACAACCUGGCCUCCAGCUCGUUUUAUGGCAACAACUCACUCAGCAGCAAUUCCCAGAGCAGUUCCCUCUUCUCUCAGGGCUCUGCCCAGCCUGCCAACACCUCCCUGGGCUUUGGGAGCAGCAGCUCCCUCGGUGCCACGCUGGGGUCUGCACUGGGAGGCUUCGGGACAGCAGUUGCUAACUCCAACACUGGCAGCGGCUCUCGCCGAGAUUCCCUGACAGGGAGCAGUGACCUGUACAAGAGGACAUCCAGCAGUUUGACACCUAUAGGACACAGUUUUUACAAUGGCCUCGGGUUUUCCUCCUCUCCUGGACCUGUGGGUAUGCCUCUGCCCAGCCAAGGACCUGGCCACUCUCAGACUCCACCACCUUCCUUAUCUUCACAUGGAUCUUCUUCCAGUCUAAACCUGGGAGGGCUCACAAAUGGAAGCGGCCGUUACAUCUCUGCUGCUCCUGGAGCUGAAGCCAAGUACCGCAGUGCAAGCAGUGCCUCCAGCCUCUUCAGCCCCAGCAGCACGCUGUUCCCUUCGUCUCGCCUGCGCUAUGGCAUGUCUGAUGUUAUGCCCUCCGGCCGCAGCAGGCUGCUCGAAGACUUCCGCAAUAACCGGUACCCCAAUUUACAGCUGAGGGAAAUUGCUGGGCACAUCAUGGAGUUCUCCCAGGACCAGCAUGGAUCCAGGUUUAUUCAGCUGAAACUGGAGCGUGCUACCCCAGCAGAACGUCAGCUUGUGUUCAACGAGAUCCUCCAGGCAGCUUAUCAGUUGAUGGUGGACGUAUUUGGAAAUUACGUCAUCCAGAAGUUCUUUGAAUUUGGCAGCCUGGAGCAAAAGUUAGCCUUGGCAGAACGUAUCCGUGGGCAUGUUCUGUCCCUGGCUUUGCAGAUGUAUGGAUGUAGGGUGAUCCAGAAGGCCCUUGAGUUUAUUCCCCCAGACCAGCAGGUAAUUAACGAGAUGGUACGGGAGUUGGAUGGCCAUGUCCUGAAGUGUGUAAAAGACCAGAACGGUAAUCAUGUGGUGCAGAAAUGUAUUGAGUGCGUGCAGCCUCAGUCCCUGCAGUUUAUCAUUGAUGCAUUUAAGGGACAGGUUUUUGCGUUGUCUACACAUCCAUAUGGCUGUCGUGUGAUUCAGAGGAUCCUCGAGCACUGUCUUCCUGAGCAGACUCUUCCCAUCUUGGAGGAGCUUCACCAGCACACUGAGCAGCUUGUGCAGGAUCAGUAUGGGAACUAUGUUAUCCAGCAUGUACUAGAGCAUGGUCGGCCUGAGGACAAGAGCAAGAUUGUAGCAGAAAUUAGAGGCAAUGUGCUUGUCUUGAGUCAACAUAAAUUUGCUAGCAACGUUGUGGAGAAGUGUGUGACCCACGCCUCCCGUACGGAGCGUGCCAUGUUGAUCGAUGAGGUGUGCACUAUGAAUGAUGGCCCUCACAGUGCCUUAUACACCAUGAUGAAGGAUCAGUAUGCCAACUACGUGGUACAGAAGAUGAUCGAUGUGGCAGAACCAGCUCAGCGGAAGAUUGUCAUGCACAAGAUCCGGCCCCACAUCGCCACCCUGCGCAAGUACACCUAUGGCAAGCACAUCUUGGCCAAGCUGGAGAAAUACUACAUGAAGAAUGGCGUGGACCUCGGGCCCAUCUGCGGGCCUCCAAACGGCAUCAUCUGAGGCACUGAGCAGCCCUGGCCAUCUGGCAUCCACAACCAGCAACCAGCCCUAUUCCAGUAUACAGUUAGAGCGUGUUACGGUUGCUAAACUACUAAAAGAAGAAGAAAAAAAAAAGCCUUUGUAAAUUUCUUUAAUUUUAUUAUGCAUAACAUGUACUAAUUAUUUUUUUUAAUUAACUGAUUGCCCUGCUGUUUUACUGGUGUAUAGAAUACUUGUACAUAGGUAUCAAAUGUACAUGGAAGGCCACAUUUUUGUUCACUGUUGUAUCUAUAUUCCAAAUGUGGAAACUUUCAGGGUGGUUGGUUUGAAGUACAAAAAAAACACACGACGUUUUUAAUCCAUCUGCCUUGCAGGCAACUCUUUGCAGAUUCCCGUUGUUCUCUGACUCAGAAGUCAGCAACAAGUUUGGAUUUUAGUUGAACGGCGCGAGAGAUGCAUUUAAUGCUGUUUAUAAAUAUUAAAAAGAAAAAAAAAAGAAAAAUCAACUCGCUAUGAAGCUUCAGUUUAAAAAGAAUUAAGUUUUUGAAACUUUUUAAUUGCUUUAUUUUUGGGUUACUUUUGUUUUAUUUCGAGUAUAACUUGCUAAAGGAGGUAGCGUAGUGCUCGUUUGGGGAGGAAGAUGGACAUGGCCAGGAGGGUUUUAAAGCGAGGGUCGGGUGGGUGUCCUUAUUUACUGCCUACUCAGUUUGUUCUGUUAACAUGGAGAGACACCAUUUGAUUAUUUAGCAUGAGGAAAACAAACCCAACUCGGCUUUGGUCUUGCUUCUAUAAAUAUAUAGUGUAUACUUGGUGUAGACUUUACAUAUAUAAAAAUUUGUAGUAUUUUCUUGUUUUGAUGUCUGAUCUGUAUCUAUAAUGUACCCUAGUAGUGGAACAUACUUCUGACUGUACAAUUGUACAUUUGUAAACCUCUGUAAUGUAAAUGUGGAGAAGUUUGAAUCGACAUAAACCCGUUUUUUGGUAAGAAAAAAAAAAGAAUUAGCAAAACCUGUGCAUUUCAGUGUAUAUUCACACCUUUUAUGGUCGUAGCAUAUAGUGUUGUAUAUUGUAAAUUGUAAUUUCAACCAGAAGUAAAUUUUUUCUUUUGAAGGAAAUGUUCUCUUUAUACAGCCUAGUUAAUGUUUAAAAAGAUGCUUGGUUUUAUUUGUCACCUAGUUGAGCGGUAGCGAUCCUUUCUAAAUGUUAUACAAAACGAUUCAGUUCAAAAUAGUGUUUUUUUGAAUCUUACAAAGUAAUGUUUUGCUUAUUUUGUGACAGUAAGAAACGAAAAGUGCAAAAGUACAGAACCCCCCUAGUUUUCCUUACAAUCAGAACCCCUUUUCACCUUGUAAAGUGUGAAUCACCUUCCCUUUUUGUACAGAAGAUGAACUGUAUUUUGCAUUUUGUCUACUUGUAAGUGAAUGUAACAUACUGUCAAUUUUCCUUGUUUGAAUAUAGAAUUGUAACACUACACGGUGUACAUUUACAGAGCCUUGUGUAUAUUUCCAAUGAACUUUUUUGCAAGCACACUUGUAACCAUAUGUGUAUAAUUAACAAACCUGUGUAUGCUUAUGCCUGGGCGACUAUUUUUUGUAACUCUUGUGUAGAUUGUCUCUAAACAACGUGUGAUCUUUAUUUUGAAAAAUACAGAACUUUGGAAUCUGG